UUAUCAAGGCCGUAAUUUUGAUAUAAAGAGCCUAAUAUCUAACACAAAAAUCAUUAGUUCUCGUACAACCACAAGACAAAUCAAAGAAAAUGAACUCCUUUGUUAUCUUCGCAGCUUGUUUGGCAGUAGCGUCUGCAGGUCUUGUUCCUGUAGCUCCACUUGCAAAGACAACAGUCGUAGAAGGUCCCAGUUCGAGUGCUUCGGUUGUAGGUCCCGAUGGAAGCGCAAUCGUUUCUGCUCAACCAGCCGGAAGAAUCGUAGCUCAUGAAAAUGUUGGUGCUGCCGCUGUUGGAUAUUCUGCUCCAGUUGUUGCAUCUCCAGUUGUUUCUCAUGGAGUUGCUUACGCCGCUGCUCCAGUUCUAUCACCAUAUGGUUACGCCGCCGCCCCUGUUGUACCUUCAGUUGCAUACGCUUCAACUCCAUAUGGUGUUGCAAAAACCCUCGUUGCUUCGCCAGUGACCGCUUCUGGAUACCCAAUUUUGGCUCCUGGGUCCGGUUUGGAAGGUCAAUAUGUUCCGGAUAUCAACGAAAAAUUGUACGAUGACGGAUCUUAUAAAGGAGAAAUUUAUUAAGGUUGUUUUGGAUUGAUCAUGAUAAUGCGGCUGUAAUAAAUAAUUAAAAACACAAA